AUGGUUCGGGGGAAGCGUUACGGUAAACGCGCGGACGUCUGGUCUCUCGGUGUGGUUCUCUGCACGAUACUUACCGGCCGUCUGCCGUUCGCCGGUAAAACCCACGGCGACGACGAGGGGCUGAAACGGUCGAUCCUACGUGGAAGCAUAAACUUCGACGCCGCGGUCUGGCGACACGUGUCGUCGAUGGCGAAGGAUCUCGUCCGUCAGAUGCUGACGGUGGAUCCACGUAAGCGGCCCAAAGCGCGCAACGUUCUGGAGCACCCUUGGUUGAAGACCCAAUGCUGCGGCGCGCCGACGUGCGCUCUCAACAGCCGCGCAUCGUCUCUUAACGGCAGCGCCGCGGGCUCCGCCGGCGGCAGCGGCGGCAGCGGCUCCGCUGGCGGCGGCGGCGGCGGCGGCGUUGCGGGCUGCGCAACUGCCGCGGCGGGUCCGGGGAGCGGGGCGGACGCCGCCGCCGCUCUAGAGGAAGCGUGGCCCGUGGCGAGUCGGCGGACGCAUGGCCAUCCGAUUCCCGCGCAAAAUCUGCCUCCGCAGCAGCAGCAGCGGAAGGCAAAGCUCGUCCCCCUGAGCGUCGUCCUGCCAGAGCUGCUGGAUUGCCCUUCCGCGGAGCACUUUCCGCGCACACCCAUAUCCCCCGCGCUCACCCCCGCCGGCACCCCCACCCCCACUAGUUUCAACCUCGCCGGAACCAUCUCCCCCCCGCCUGAGCCCCUCCCCAUGCCCUCCCGCCCGCAGUCCCCCGCGGGGCCUUUCUCCCGCUCCGCGCACGCGCGCCCGGCGGCGGCUGCGGUCGCCGCCGCCGCCUUGGCUGCUGCGGCGGCGGAAGGCUGUCGGCGCGCGUUGUUCUCGUCAGGGCAUGGCGGAACCACCCCGUCGAAGGGAGAGCGAGUGCACGGGGGAAGUGCGCACGGAGGGCAGAAGAAGCAGGGCGCGCAGGGGCAACGGGCGGAAGGAGUUGCGCCUAAGCGCGCGAACGGGCAGGGAUGCGGGGAGGGGAAUGGAUCUUACCGUCGGCAAGGCAGCGGGCAGGGCAACGGGCAGGGCAACGGGCAGGGCAACGGGCAGGGGAACGGGCAUGUGCACGGGCACGGACAUUUGUCAGUGCUGAGUCACAAUGUGGGUGCGGCCCUCGCUCCGUUCUCUCUCAUUGCUCGGCGCGCAGCAGGCUCGCACCGCAGGCAUGGUGCCUCUGGUAACCAUGUUGCCUGUAAUAACAACCAUGCUGCCUCCUCCGCCGCCCAUGCUCCUACUCACUCGCAUUCCUCCAGUGCUUCAGUUUCUGCUGCUGCUGCUGCUGCUGCUGCUGCUACUGCUGCUGGUGACUCCUCCACUAUUACUGCUUCUGGAGCUGCUGCUGCUGCUGCUGCUGUUGCUGCUGCUUCUGCUUCUGCUGCUGCUGCUGGUGGCCAUUCGAGCGCAUGCUCCCUACCGUCGGCUUUCCAAGCACCAGGAGCCAACGGGCGGAACAAGGAAAACAAUGGCGGAAACGGGACUGCUGCAGUGGAAGCGUCAGCACCAGCACCAGUACCAGCACCAGUGCCACGGACUCAUGGGGAAAGAAGGGGGGGGGGCGGCGGAGGAGGAGGAGGAGGUGGAGGAGGAGGAGGUUGGGAGGGAGGACGGAAUAGCGUCUUUGCAGUGGCGUUUUCUCGAGGAGGGAGCAGCGGGAAGGGCAGUGGCAAGGCUUUUGGCGGCGGUAAGAUGCGGCAUCCAUCCAGCCCCAGAGCAAGUUUCAACAGUGCCGUUUUCUCCUCUACACCUACUGCUGCUGCUGCUGCUGCUGCUGCUGUUGCUGCUAGUGCUGCCAGUGCUGCUGCUGCUGGUGGCGGCGCUGGUGCUGGUGUUGGAGUGGAAAUGGGAGUAGGUGGAACGGCAGGAGGUUCAACGGAAGCAGGUGGACCAGCUGCAGCUGCUGCUGCAGCUGCUACUGUUCCUCCUUCCCUGCUUCCUGAUCUCCCUCCCUCUCUUCCCCCUAGCCCCUCUUCCAUCUCGCUACUCUCCACCUUCCACUCUCCCAAAACUUCACUUUCCGAGCAGUGCUCACCUGACCUGUGA